AUGACAAGUAAGCGUCCCCCACAGCGCAAGGGCAAAGCAGCAGUCCCUAAACCACCUCGAGGAUCUGGCCUCAACCCUUCUGGUUUUCCUCUCGCUAAUCAACUCUACCUUCCAGCUGAGCAGCCGCACAUGCCCGCAUUCAAUUUCGACCCAUACGCACCGAGGGAUGCAGAUACCCAGGACCAGCCGUUAUUCAAUAACGCUGGUCCAUCAUACUCACCGUCGAAUAACCUUGGUUUUUACUCGGGGGCAGAUGCCCAGAACCAGCCGUUCGAUGGUCCAUCGUACUCGGGGGCAUCCCAGCAGGGUCAGUCGUACGAUGGACCAUCUUACCUGGGGGGGGAUUCGGGGGAACCAGAUACGCAGAGUCAGGGUCCACCGUUCUACGACGACGACACGCAAGACCGGCACCCAGCGUUCGACGACGACGCCGGCCCACCUUAUGACUUCGGUUCGGACUUCGAUUUCGACACCAGUGGAUUUGAUGGUGGCACUGGUCCACCCGGCCCCAGUGGACACGGCCAAACCAAUCUUGACGACGUGAAUGCGGCACGGCCCACGCCGGCUUGGGUGGACCAAGCCCCGGACCAAGGCAUUGGUCUGGUAGACCGAGGUGGUGGUCUCGUGCCGUCGAACUGGAAUACAGCGCUGAUCCGGCGAGGAGAAAUCCCUCGCUCAGAGAUUGUUCACACUGGGGGCCCAGCACGAACAACGAAAAAACGAGCAUCUCGACGCUCGAUGCCCGGAACGCCAUAUAUCAUACCACAACCCCUCUCCGUCACUCAACGAAACGAAACGCGUACAGAACCUCCGCAGGUGAUACCCGCACCUCCCCCAACGACAUCUCACGUGUCUCCGAAAAUCAUCACUCUGUCGCAAGAUUCCAUCGCAGACGCUGUAAAUAAAGGGAAACAGUUGAUUAUACGGGAAAUGUUCUCAAGGAAUGCGUUGGGCCUGACCAGAAGGCAGCGCCAAAGUCUCGUGGAGCGGGCCAUCAACGAGUCCAUUCCCGCUUGUCACGAACCCAACGUGGCAUUCACAAACUUCAUAACGAAAUUACACCUUCGAAAGGUAGCGAACGCCUUCUCCUCGACGCGCGGGAAGAUGAUUUCGUUCGCGCGAGACGGCGUUUUCGUUGCGUUCGAACUCUUCCCCCCCAUACAAAAUCCUCAAGUAGCAGAUACUUUUCGUGUCGCGAGAAAUGGCCUUGUCACCGUCCACGCGAAGUUCGAAAAUCCGUUCGUCAUGGCGCUUACCAUUCGUUUCAUCUGGUCCGGGGGCCGCCAACUAUUUCUCGGCGAUGCGCCGCUCAAAGCGUUGAAGCAUGUCGUGGCGCUGAGCGGCGCUGCUACCCAUUGCGCCUUGGAGGAGCAGGGGCGGGUGAAGAUCGACGUCAUAUCCUUUGGCGAGACAUCACACGGACCCAAAUUCAAGGAGAUACUUGCCGCGUUUAAGAGCCUCAGCCCCGAGGAGAAAGCUUCCCUAAAGAUCUUUUUGCAAUACAUACUGGAUGUUGGACCUUCGCAAGCUCGAGAGGGCGAGGACUCACUAGCAUCCUCGCCUGAGUCGAGUGAUUGGUUGUAGGUAGAUAGCACACAGAUGAUCAGAUAGCAGAAUGUAUUAGUAGUACUACUAUCAGAUUUUGAUAAUCGAGCAGAUAACCAACGCAUCUCGCAUAGGAUGGUCUCAGGGUUCAACAUAACCAAAACGAGCGUGGUGAAUAGCGCCAGGGUGCAACAUAACCUAAAACGAGCGUUUACGAACGCCGGCCUGAACUAACCCAAUCAAAAACGCUCACAAGCAUUUGUGAGCAGCUUUUGGAAAAAGGUGCGUUUUUAGAUGUACUUCGG